UGUCACACUGUUUCAAAAAACAGAGCCAUUAGGGGUGUCUUUGGUUUUAGUGCGCUAUAUCAUUAAAUAAAGUGGAUAACCAGAAACACCACAGUAAUGGGUGUGCCGGAUAUAUUUUAAAAAUAGAAUUUCACGUUCCGAGAGUUAUGGAUAUAUUUGGGGACAUGUAUAUAAUUCUGCAACCAUUGAUUUUGGUAUUAAAGAAGAUAGAGUGGAUUGUGUUGCGUUAUUCAACCCGAUAAUUAUGAUCACUCCAAAUGAAUCUCAACACAGUGUAAAUGUGAAUGUAUUCCCGUCUGUCUCAGCUAAUCUAUACUGUUCCCCUGCAAAAAUGGCUGCUAUUGCUGCUUCUCAGUCGCAUUGUACUAGACCAUCCUCUGUUCCUGGUUGUUUUGCUCAUAGAGAAGGUUUCAAUGUUUCAACAAAGAGUCAUUUAUCUCCUGUUAACGCCAACCAACUGUCACCGUAUUUCACAGCUAGUCCAGUUUGUCAGUUGCCUUUAUCACCAGCUAUCAAUACGUGCAAUGAAUAUUAUUUAUCUGAUUUAAAAGACUCAUCCGAAGAUAAUGAGACUUCCCAUAAAAGCUGUGUUCCUGUUAUUUCACCUCAGUCCUCUGUUGUUGCUUCCAACUCAGGCAGAGAAGGCAGUAUUCCUUCUCCAGUUCAUUCAAUCUCCCCUCAGUCACAUAAUUCACCAGUUAGUAGUAGUAAUAGCCCUGUGGUCACUACUCCUUCUGUAUUGGUCGAAAACCAACGACAUAAUUCACCUGAUCACAACAGUAAAUCGGACCAACUGGUAAUUGACUUCCCUCGAGUGUGUACAAAAUCUGAUGGCGGCUUUUGUCUGAAUCUACCAAUGGAUGUUGUUUUACCAAGAAGUAGAGGUCAAGACACAUGGAAUUAUUAUCAACACUUGUUGGAUGUGAUUGUAACUGUGAUUAAUAGAAGCGGACAAUUAUUAUAUCACGAAAAGCAUUUACUAACUCAACAUGAUUUACGCAUGAAUGAUGAAGACUUUCAAACGUGUUGUAACACUUGGAGUGAUAAUGUUCUGGAUAUUGAUUUAGCAGUUUGGGAGAAAUAUUCAUCGAAAACAUUGAGUGAAGCAUCACGAUGGUGCCGUGCUAGAAAUGCCUUAUUACAUCCAGAAGAUGAGAAUGUUGUAUCAACCACAGGUGGUUGUAGUAGUAGUAGUAAUGCUGGCGAUAGUGUUUCAGUUUCUUAUGAAAAUUCACUUAAACGUUAUUUAUUGGAAUCUUCUAUAUACCGAAUAAAAUUGGGUGAAAAAUGGUUUUAUAUGCAUACAUUCAGUUUACCUGUAUAUCGUAUUACUGAUUCACUUGGAUUUGGAGAAUUGCCAGUUUUUGAACCAUUAGUAGCGCAUUAUCAUAAUCUUCUCAGUGAAUGUGACCAAAUUAGCGAUUUAACCGGUCAAAAUGCAUCAGUUUGUUUUAAAAAAGCUGUAGCUCAGUCUUCUAUCCCAAUAGAUAUCAACUCAAUGACUUAUUCAAGUCUGUAUACAAGUAAAAUGAUUUCACGUUCAUUCAAAGGCACAAAGUCUAUAUCUCCUGUCAUGAAUAUGUCUGAUACAGAUGAAAACAGUCGGAUGGUUGAAGUGUCCAAUAGCAGUCGAAAUCCUUCAUUAUCCUCUGAUAAUUGUUGUUCUCAUGAUAAUUCCGCUGAUCCAUCUAUUCAAGGGCAAAAAUUGGUUAAUAAUUCUAGUCCCUCACCAACAUCAUCGUCAUCCACAACUCAUGUAAUACCGCAUCAUCACCAUGUUCAUUUUACACACCAUCAUCAUCAUCCUUCUCAUCCCUCUCCAAAUCAAAUACAUGAUACAACAAUCAAUAAUGUAUUACCCAUUCAUCAGCAUCUUCAUCAUCAUCAUUAUGUUCGACAUCAUCAUCCUACAUCAAUUAAUCAUCUGUCGAAUAUUCCUCAUAAUUCUCCUCAAUCUGAGUUAAUUUUACAUGUUCCUUGUCAAAAUUCUAUUCAGGAGAAAUCUACUGGAUCUUUCGAUAUCGCUCAUUCUCAGAUAUGUGAGCAAAGAAAGAUCCAAGUAGAUAACGCUGAAUGGAAUACAGGCUUGUAUGAUAACGAUUCGUCGAAUUAUAAUGCAAUACCUUGUCAGUCUACUACUACGAAUCCUCAGUGUUUAACACUUUUAGAUCCGAAACACCAUCAUCAUCAUCAUCACCACCAUCACCAUCAUCAUUCACUUAUUCAUACUAAUCAACAUUCACAUAAUGUUUGUCAUCCUCAUUGUCAUCAAAACGACAAAUCUACAAUCACAGAGUUCGUACCUGCAGCAUCAUCAUCAUCUUGUGGAAAGCCUGGAUCUCCUGUUAUUUUAAAAUCCAAUUUACCAAGUCAAUCAGAGUGUUUACCAAGUAUAGACAGUACUGGUGUACAAUAUCCAAAUUUAAAUGUCGUGGGGACAUCGUGUGAUAACAAGUCAAUGCUACUAAAUGUUAGCAGUGGACUUUCUGAAACAACUAAUAAAUCCUUAAGUAGUUGUGAUAAACGUCACUCUUGUGUAUCAGCUGUCAAACAUCAUUACAAAAACGGUGAUAUUAUCAAUCUAGACUCAAGUAUCAACGAAUCCAAUACUAAUUCAUCUGUACUGCCUGAAAGCAAUGUGUUUCGAGAAAACGAGGAUACUGAUGGAAAUCUCUUUUCUGAGAGACUUUAUAGGAAAUCUACUGACAUUGAGACUACUGAUCAACAAAUGUCUACUCAUUAUAGUGAAAGUGUACUACAACAAAGACCUCUUAACAAGGAUCAAUAUGAUAAACGGUAAGUUGUGUCUUACUUAAAUCAGUGAAAGAAUCAUCUGUCAUGAUAAAUUUAAUGGUACUACUAUUCUUAUGUAUUAGUGUAAAUAUUUUUUAGUGAUUAGAGUAAUGAGUUUGUGGAUAAGUGUGAUUGAUUUUCAUGUAGUUAGAAAAGGAGAUGGAUUUAGUAAUCUAUAUUACAAAUGGCUUGGUUACAAAGUAUGUCUAAUUGUACAACAUCUAUUAUUUAUAGCUUUGUUAUGUUCUACUGUCUCAACCACCCUCGCCCCUCCCGAUAUCUGUUCUCGAUGAAUUAAACCAAACGAAACACAUUCAGACACUUUAUGCAUAUCCAUGCAUUAGGAAAUGAGACGCACCUAUUAUGUGAGGGUUAGUAAUCCUAACUGGCUGCCCAAACCUCGGUAGGUUGAUUGAGGGUUCGAACUCGUGACCUAUUGGUUGAAAGUCAUCUCUCUAAACCAAUGAACCACUGAUUCAGUCACCUAUUAUCUUUCCAGUAUAAUGUACAUCCUACCAAGCAACUAUGUAUGUGAUACUGAGUCGUCAGAAGAAGAGUAUUGAGUUUCUUCUUCAAUUUUUGAGCAUUUAUCAUUCUAUUGAAUCUAUUUUGAGUAUCAUCAUCGCUUCUUCUGAUUAGACAAUGUGUUGGUUAUUAUUUUAUGAUAAGAUAUAAGAUAGGAUCUAGUAGACAGACUUGUAUCACUUAGUCGAAAGUUAAUGAAGGUGGUGUUUAGUCAACUCUUCGAUAAAACUACAAAUGGGACCGACGAUGAGGAAGAUUGUUUGAUGAUUGUGUUUUUGUUUUACCUGUUUCUCUUCUCUUCCCUGCUGAUUGUUCAGUUGACACCAAUAUAGUGUACCUGGCAUUACUAUGCAACGUUCCAAUUUCUCUAACAUCAUAUCAACACAAUAAGCAAGAAUGUACAAAGGUGACAGAUAGAUAUUUGUGACAUAAAGCGAAAAAGAGGCUUAAGACAGUGAUGAAAUCGGGUAUGAUGAUUCAGUUAAAGAUAAUGUAUGCAUGGAUCGAUUCUGAACCAUAUUGCCUAAGAUUUUCAACUCCCGGUUUCGAUUACCGCACGAACGCCAACCGCGAGAUGCACAUUUCCCUACUCGACUAAGACCAACAGUCAGAGACUUCAUUGACAGAUGUCAUGCUUCAGUAUUAUCACCUUCAGCCAACAUUGUACAAUAAGGCAGACGGUGACUAGGUAUGAGUAUCACUUGUCUCGCCUUGUCUCACUUAAUAAACUAGUUCACUACUUAGUAGCCAGUCCUAAGCCUAAGUAGGGAGGGAAGGUUAGGCAUACGGAUAGCAACCCUACACCAGACAACCGAUCCAACCGCUAAACAAACUUCAAAGGACAAAGAAAUUAUAAAAAAUAAAAACAAACUUAUUCCUCACUGGGAUCGGAGAGACGAAAUGACGCCAGUUGAUGAAAGCCUGCCUUAGGGGAGCCAACUGGCCGAUGUGUCUUAGCUUCUCUCGAUGAAAGCGAACAACGUUUGAACCUAGCAAGGCUGCCCAAAUUGCAGAAGAGAUGAGAAAGUAUGGCAUAGAAGUGCCAGGCUAGGAAUCUGUGAAAACCGAUGGAAUGGAAGUGGACUCUCCAAAUUAUUAACCGGAGAGUCAAUAAUCUACUCCGAUAUUGUCACCCAGACGACAAACACAAGCACACUGAGUUUUGAAGUGGUUAUCAUGAUGUCCUCAAGAGCAUCGAAGGCUCUCAUGCAGUGGGAACCAAUCUCCUCAACGAUCAGGAUCAUGACAGCAAGAUUCAACUGAAAAGGAAGGAAAGUCACAACCAUACAAUGCUACGCUAUGCACCUACAAAUAAUGUUGGUCAAGAAAAGAAGGUGGAAUACUACGGGCAACUGCAGUUAUUACAGGACAAGACUCCAGUUGGCGACAUCAAAAUUCUAAUGGUUGGGGUGACAUGAAUGCCAAACUGGGAGCGGACAACACACGAAGAGAACCAAUCACGGGUCGAGAAGCACUCGAUGAAAUGAUGACUGAGAAUGUAGAACUGUUUGCAGAUUUCUGCACAUUCAACCAUUUAGUGAUUGGAGGCAGUGUGUACAAACACAAGGAAUAUUCACAAGGCAGCGACAUGGAUUCGAUUUCACCAGAUGGACACAUUACACUGAAAAUCAGAUCGACUUCAUCUCAAUGUGAAGAGAGUGGAGACGCAGUCAGCCUACUGGACACAAGAUCAGAUCAAGGGAGGGGAACAGAUGUAGGUUCACACCACUCACACCACUAUCCAGUGCAAGCAAUCUAUCUUCAAAAUCAAGUUGAAAGCCUUCACAGAAGUUGGUGAUGGACCACAGUUCAAGUUGGACACCCAGAACAGAAACUGAGGGACGAAACUACAAGGGACAUAUACACAUCAGUCAGUCAUCAGAACAAAAUAGGAGACAUUGAGCAACAUCCCUGAAGAAACCUGUGUGGAUGAACACUGGAACUCUUUGAAAGCUAUGUGGAAAGAAACCUGCACAACUGUAUUAGGAAGGAAGAAUAAAGAAGGCAUGACAAGGAAUGGAUCACGGUGGACACAUAGAAGCUGAUAGAGAAGGGAGAGGAAGAUGGUGAAGCAACAGCUGAACCAGUGCAGUGCAAGGAUGAACAACGAAAAGUGGAACUGAACACAACAUAUAAAACACUACAGUGGACAAAGAAGUGAAGAGGAGUACACGG